AAACUAAUACGAAAACACGAAAAGUUUAGCGCACACGCAUAUCUAAAACAAGAAGAAGAAGCAGCAGCAACAGUGAGAGAGCGCAUCCAAUUGGACUGUCAGACGGACGCGCACGUACGUACGUUCUGGGAAGAAAAUCAAGUGGCCAACGUGCGAAAAAAAAUAGGAAAAUAUAAAAAUAAAUUGAAAGCAAUAAGUUUGACCAGAAAGUUUGAAAAAAAAGUAUUCUCCUGUGCAACAGAAAGUGUUAAAAAAAGUAUCUAAAAUAAUAAUAAGCCUCCCAAUUGUAUGUGAGGUGUGCGUGCGUAUGUGUCAGUGAGUGUGUGCGUGUGUGUCCUCUUAACUUGGCUAUCGCCGAAGAGUCGUCACAACGUCGUCCGCAAAACCAACGACAUCAGCCGCUGCUGCUGCCACUGCCGUCGCCAUCGCCUCAUCCUCCUCAGCAACUGCAUCGCAAUCCGCCUCCGCAUCCGCCGUCAAGGCUAAGACGCAACGCCAGACAUCGACACAGAGUCCGCCGCCAGGAGCGGGAGUAGCAGCAGCAGCAGCAACAACAACAACAACACGCAGCAGCGGUCGUAGCGGCCAACGGCGUCGCAGUAGCAGCAGUAAUCCAAACGCCGGCAACACGAAAGCGACCAGCGGCAGCGGUGGAGCUGGCUGCGCCGGCAUCGCUGGUGGCGGUGGUGGCGGCGGUGGCGGUGCGGUUGGCGGUACGGCCAACAUUAAGCAAAGCGUUAGCCGCAACAGCAACAUACGCAGCAGCUCCUCCAAUAGCACCAUGGCCUCAGCGAAUCAUCGAGGCGGACGCGGCGGCGUCACCGGUACCGGCACUGGCGCUGCCGAUGGCAAUCCAGCCGGUUUGCAGUUUGGUUCCGCCUGGUUUCAGCGCAAAAUCAAUCUAAGGCCGCAGCAUCGUGGCGUUCAUUUGGUCACCGAGGAGAUACUCAGACAGAUGCCGGAACUGACACAAUUCUCUGUCGGAUUAUGUCAUAUGCAAAUUCUUCACACCUCGGCGAGCUUAGCGUUAAACGAAAGCUGGGAUCCAGACGUCAGAGACGACAUGGAAAUGAUGUUGAAUAAAAUAGUUCCCGAAGGCUUGCCCUACAGGCAUUCGUGCGAAGGACCCGACGAUAUGCCCGCGCACGUGAAAGCCUGCUUUUUAGGCAGCUCACUGACAAUCCCCAUUACCGAUGGCAAACUCUCGCUGGGCACAUGGCAGGGCGUAUGGCUGUGCGAGCAUCGGGAUCAGGCCGGCAGCCGUAAGCUGGUCAUAACGCUUACCGGUUGUCCAAGGGAGCAAGCUGUGCGUAGUCCGUUGUCACCCGUCUCGCCCAUUGCAAGUACGUCCAGUUAGGGGCGGCCUCGCUCCACCCGCGACAGCCGGUAAUCGCGGGGGAGCGACAAUAAUGACAUCAUUUCGUCGAGGAAGUUGAUUUUACAAAAGAAUUUAGCUAGGGCAACCGCACAGCAGCGAGCAGCGGCCGUUAUUGCCGCUGGACGUGGCUUAAUUGGACAUGCAACAGCAUCCGUUGCAGCACCUCCAGCACCACCCAAUGGUGGUGGUGGGAGUGUUGAUAGCAAAACGAACCGUUUGCUGUUGCGACAGCGUCUUCAUUUGAAUCUCAAUUUGAAUGUCACAGAGACGCUGCAGGAUGGCGUUGAUAUUGAUGAUGUUGAUGAGGAUGUCUGUGAUGAUUUUGACGAUGACAACGAUGAUCAUGAUUCAAAUGCGAUUCAUGAUCCAAUUGUUAGCAACAACGUUGACGCAGAUGUCGUCGAUGCUCAGGGCAGUGGGCGUCGUCAUGUUGGUGAUAAUUUACAAACCGUCACAACAGUGCCUCAAACCAAACAACAACAACUAAGACAUAAGAUCACCGCAGCAACAACAGCAGCAACAACAACAACAACAACCAGCUCAUCAGCAGCAUCAAGCGCAUUAGCUAAAUUCAAUCGCAUUAUCGAAUCUGCAAAUCUGGAAACACAUCGAGCCUCAGCAGCGUUUAGUAGCGCAACGCUGCAGCAACGUCUAGCGUUGGCCUAUCCAGAGUUGCAGCAACAACAGCAGCAGCCGCAGCAGCAACAACAACAAUAUGAUAUGCGACAAAUCGACAACCUCCCACGUAGCAAAAGUCGUGGCAUUGCCGUCGUUAGCACUCCAUUAACAUUGCAAGCACUAGACACAAUAAAAACCAAGACGAUGGCAAUGGAACUACAACAGCAACAACAACAACACGACGCCGCUGAUCAAACGAAACGAAAUGAUGUGCAUUAUUUGUUGAAACAGUUAAAUAGUUUUAGUGAUAUAGAAGAAAUAGAAAUUGUUGAUAUGAAGCAAAGAAAACAGCAACAUCGACAGCAGCAACACAUGCCACAGCAGCAACAGCAGCAGAAGCAACAACGCACAACAAAGGCAACUGUAGCUGCACCAGCUGCAGCCAGCUCCUUGGAGCUAAUGCCCAUGUCGUCAUCUAUGAUGCCCAUACCAGGCUCACCGUCGACACAAUCGCACAAGGGCAACUUUAGGAACUAUAGCGAUGGUGGCGAUGCUGGUGAUGCUGUUGCUGACAGCUCAACACGCUUGCAGUUUGAUGAUUAUUUAUUUGAAUCCUGCCAUUAUUUGGAGACAAACUACUUUGCCGCUACCUAUCGCACUGCCAUGGUCGAGAGCUGCUCGCACGAGUUUCGCCCAUCGACCACAACGCCAACGAGCACACGAUCCGAUAGCUUUGAGCUGCAUGAAUUGGAGCCGCCAAGCGUUGUUUGCAAGGCAGCUCCAUCCAUGCUGGCAAAUCCGCUCCCUUAUCAGGCCGAGACACGUAUGACCAGCAGCGGUGUGCAGACCGAGCUGACGGUCGAUUCUCUGGCGCAGCUAAGCAAGAGUUCCAGCUCCAGUUCGGGAUGCAGCAUGUCACGUGUGCCUCCCUUCUUCAUAUGCUGUUACACGCCCAUCGAUCGAUGGCGUGCAAGGCGACUGGGUGCUGCAGCUGCCGCCAAGCGGGCUGACCCAAAAAAAAAUGGCCAUGCUGUCUGACAGCCAAUAGAAAUGGCAAUUUGACAAACUGACAAAGUGACAUACUCGCUGCGCUGUUUCAUUUGCGAUAUCAACAAGAGAUUCCAUUUCGAAGACAGUCGUUUAAUAUAUAUUUACCUUACACUCUGCCUAAUAAUCAUUCCAAUAACAAGUACAAUUUUUUAUACACUUUUCAAAAUUAAAAACAGAAUUUGACAUACACACAGUAACACAUCCACACACAACAUUCGCACAUUUUUGCAAUACACAAAGAAAUGAUAAAUAGAAAAUUAAAGGUAAAACAAUAAACAUUUUUAACAAUUCA